AUGGUUCGCCUCGCUCGGAGCGCCCGCCGAUCUGCUGCACUCGCUUUGUUGGCCGUCGCCAUCACGGCGCUGUGUCAGUUAGGUAUGGAUGGCUCGGAUGCCUUCACAGUUCAAGCCAGGAAGGUGCUUUCCCCCGGCGGGCUGGCACUGCAAGGAGUUCUCUUUGACGUGGAUGGGACCCUCGUAGAGUCAACGGAGCUGGCCUACAGCGCUACCAACGAGGUGCUGGAGAAGUUUGGCUACAGCAAAAUCACCGUCGAGGACUAUCAUCGUGGGACAAAAUUCACAACCCCGGUUCGCCUUGCAUGGCAUGCUGGCCUAGCGGAGACUCCCGAAACCGACUUGGCUGCCGCCAACGCACUCGGCACGGAGAUGGGAAGGCUAUUCGACACCACCUAUGUAGCCCUCGUGACACCAAAGACGGUGCCCCUUUUUGCAGGCCUUUCCGACCUACUUGCAGCCCUGGCAGAGAGAGGCUCAACCAUGGGUGUAUUGUCGAAUGCUGCGCGAGAGUAUGUAGAAGCUGUGCUCAGCGCCAACGAGCUUUGCAAGAUCUUCCCUGUGCGGCAUGGCGCAGACUCUGUUCCGAAGCCGAAGCCUGCGCCCGACGGACUGCUCCAGUGCUGCGCAGAGUUGGGACAGCUGGAAGCUUCCCAGUACAUCUAUGUCGGUGAUGGGCCCAACGAUGGGCGAGCUGCGCAUGCUGCCGGUAUGGCUUCAGUUGGAGUGACCUGGGGCUCCUGUAGCCGUGAGGAGCUGGAAGCCACCUUCGACGUCGUGGUUGACACGGUCGAGGAGUUGACAAAGGCUUCGAAGAUUCUAGACUCCUCUCGGGACAACAAGAAGCGGUUGACGGAGAUUUCCAACUGGAUGAGUGUUCUUUGUGGCCGGCAUCUGGAGAGGAAUCACGACACCAUGCUCAUGGCUUAUCAGAAGCGGGUGGUGCGACGUCAGGCCUUCUACGAGCGGAUCGCCUGGGUGCAGCUGCAACACUUGCGGGUGGUCGUGGAGAAUCUGUCGAAGCUCCUGGUCGAGCGACAGGAAGAGCUCAAGAUAGCCCGGACAAGACAGGAAGUCCGCCUGUAUCGACGUCUGACCGUCGAAGCCUGCUGCCUGCUGUACGAAGUAAGGCUGCGGUCUGGCGAGCUGCAGAAAGAUGGCAGCCUGACACAGAACGAGGCGAUUGAGGAAUGCCUGAAGAAGGGGAAGAUGAAGCACCGCCCAACCGGACUGAUGAUGUUCUUUGCAAAGGAGCUGGGAAAGCCCUUGAAGUGGAUGCGCAAGCGGCACAUGGAGGUGUCCUUUUCCAAGGAGCUUGUCUUCUCAGGAAGCGAAACCGUCUCGACGCCUCUCUCCCUGAUGGAACCCGGACAGUUUCUGAUGCGGCAGCGUGAGAUUGCACUGGGCGUCCUCCGAGAGAUGCGCCGUGCCUCCAACCCACUCGAGACCAAGGUGAACGACAUCACCAACCGAUUCAAGCAGAAGAUGCUGGAGAAGCGCAUGACGUUGAAGGAGACGGCGAAGGUGGAUGGCUUCGACGAUGUCAGCUCCGCAGAGGAGGAGGAGGAGCCGGAGUUUGACCACAGCGUGACGAUGGAGCCCGUGGAUCCAGAAGCCAUCAAAUCCAUACUCCAGUCGGACUACAAAGGUUUCUUCGAGCCAGUGGAGGCGCCAGCGCAAGUGGGCGUUACUGAACCCGCGGUUGCCGACCUGCCAGUGGCAAGCGCCACUGCCGCUGUCGAGAGCGUGGACGCGAGUCCACCGGUCGAUGCAGAGAAAGCUUUAGAAGAUCUCUUCAGUUUGGCCAAAGCUCAGGAAAGCCUCGAGCAGACCUGCUCUUCUCUACUCGUGCAGCUUUCUGCAGUGCCAGGUGCACAAGAUGCGAUCGCCUUCUUCGCUGAUUUGUUGGAGGAUCUGACAACCGCCCUCCGCAUCGGUUACAUUGGUGCGAGCUGUUUGUCCGAUCCGGCGAACCCAAGAGCAACACCUUGGAAGCUUCGACCACAUCAGCUUCCCUGGCUCCCGAGACAUGCUGCUCUCUGUGCGGAGCGCUGCGGUGUCCUCCGUGCCGUCACCGCAGUGUUGGAGGGCGCCUUACCCAAUCUCUCUCCAGAGCCGGAGGUGGACGAGGCUGGCAACGAGCUUGGAGAGGCAUCGCCAACAACCUCCACGAAGGCCAUCAGCGAGGCAGCCGCCGAAGCUGCAACCUCGACGUUGGCUUCGGUGGCCAACUUCCUAGUCUCUUUGCCUCCUAUUGCCACGGCCGAGAUGACGGAGGAGUCUGUGAACUUUGCACAACCAUCUGGUGCUCGCAAGUACAUCUCAUCCAGAGCCAUGACCGUCUCUGUAGCUGUUGCCUUGAUGAGCGGCCGACGGGUGGAAGUCGAGGUGCUCCAUGACACCUCCGUCUCUGAGCUCCAGCGUCGUGCGGAAGUCGCCUUCGGCGUUCGUGGCUCGCUGCUCAGCGCAGCUGGGAUCUCCCUGGAUGGAAGUAUGACGGUCGGCUCGGCGGGUUUGGAGAAGGGCCAGGUCUUGACACUGGCCGCGAGGCCUGUCGCUGUUUCUGCGGCGAUUUCUGCCUUUGCUGCCAUCCUUCCGGAUGGCUCCGUGGUUUCUUGGGGUGAGCGACCCUAUGGUGGCGACAGCAGCGCCGUACAGAGCCGGUUGAAGAACGUACAGCAACUGCAGGCUUCUCAGCAUGCCUUUGCUGCCAUAUUGGCGGACAGGUCGGUCGUAACCUGGGGAGCAAACUUCUGUGGCGGCGAUAGUCGGGCGGUUCAGCAUCUGUUGAAGAAUGUUCAAGAAAUCCAAUCGACUCGUUAUGCCUUUGCCGCCAUUCUAGGGGAUGGAUCUGUCGUCACUUGGGGCAAUGCUGACUAUGGGGGUGACAGCAACCUUGUCCAAGAUCGCUUGCGGAAGGUGCGGCAGAUUCAGGCCACUCACUAUGCUUUUGCUGCAAUUCUGGAGGAUGGCUCUGUCGUAACUUGGGGCGAGCGCCAGGGAGACAGCAGUGCUUUCCAGGACAAGCUGAAGAACGUGAAGCAGAUCCAGGCUUCGCAGUCUGCCUACGCUGCGAUUUUAGCAAACGGCACGAUGGUGUCUUGGGGCGCCAGAUGUUCUCUUGGCGACCGCGCUGUCUACGAGCUGCAGGAAGUAAGGCAGGUCCAUGCGGGCCAGAACGCCUUCGCUGCCCUUCUAGCGGAUGGCUCGGUCGUUACAUGGGGAAAUCCUGCGUACGGUGGUGAUUGCAGUGCCGUCCAAGACCAGCUAAGAGACGUAAAACAGAUCCAAGCGGCCCGCCUCGCAUUUGCGGCGAUUUUGGCGAAGGGCUCCGUUGUUACCUGGGGGAGCGCCGGUCAUGGUGGAGACAGCCGCUUCGUACGGGAUCGCCUGCAGAAUGUGCAGCAGGUUCAAGCUUCGCACAAUGCCUUUGCUGCUUUGCUUCCCGAUGGCUCAGUUGUGACCUGGGGCGCUUCGGAUUCUGGUGGCGAUAGCAGCUCUGUGCAGAAUCGGCUCCGGAACGUGCAGCAGAUCCAAGCAAACAUGCAUGCUUUUGCUGCCAUACUGGCAGAUGGGUCUCUCGUAACUUGGGGGCAUGCCGAAUACGGCGGUGACAGCGAUGCUGUCCAAGGGCAACUGAAGAACGUGCAGCAGGUGCAGGCUUCGGACCUCGCAUUUGCGGCAAUCUUGGCGGAUGGAUCCAUCGUUACCUGGGGCCAUUCCAAAUAUGGUGGCGACAGCAGUUCCGUUCGAGAGCAGCUCUUGCCAUCUCAGGAAGCCUCGCCUCUUGAAUGCAGCGUUCCUUGUGCAAAGCGCGCCCGGCCUCUGUAA